AUGGACAGAUUCACGGGAGACUCCCCAAGCCUGCCAAUCUUCAACGAGUCGAGCAAACCCAUCGAACUGUCUCCCUGGGCCGACGGCGAUCGGCCACGGUCCAAAUCACCAGGAUAUGCGCGCACGACGUCGGCGCAGUCUAGGAGCGUCGCCGACGACUUCUCCUGCCUGACUGCCGCCGAAAGUGCCUCGCGCCUCAAGACAUCCCUGGCAUACGGCCUUACGCCCCCGGAAGCCUUGUCGCGACUGCGAGACUUUGGGCCCAACGAGAUACCCCACGACCCUCCCGAGCCGUUGUGGAUUCGAUUCCUGGGACAGUUCAAGGAGCCGUUGAUACUUCUCCUGCUUGCUUCCGCUGGGGCAUCCGUGCUGGUAGGAAAUGUUGACGAUGCUGUCAGUAUAACCAUCGCGGUGACCAUUGUCGUCAGUGUAGGGUUUGUGCAGGAAUACCGGUCCGAAAAGUCCAUCGAAGCCCUCAACCAUCUUGUCCCGAACCAUGCGCAUUUGAUCAGGAGUAUGUCGGCCAAGACCGGCUCUGGCCCCAAAACACCGACCUGGCAACCGGCUGGAGAAAGUGGACUGGAAGAGAACGGGUCGUCGGGCGCUCCCACACCAGCCGAGGAAGUUCUUGAAGCAACGUCCUCCAAGGUCAUGGCCGGGACAUUGGUACCAGGUGAUCUGGUUAUAUUCACGACGGGCGAUCGCAUCCCGGCCGACCUGCGCGUAACAAAAGCCGCCGACUUGACAGUCGAUCUUUCGAAUCUCACUGGAGAGACCGAGCCGGUCAAAGUGACUGCUGAGCCGCGCUCUCGCGCUGCGGUGGCAUCGGCGGCCCAGGGACUUUCGACUCUACAGCUACCAGCCCCAACUUUCGCUAAUUCAUCCGAAGGGGUAAAUACAAAGCCUAACCUCGAUUCCAACGAAACUCAAAACGUUGCAUACAUGGGAACAUUGGUCAAAUCUGGUCACGGCCAGGGCGUUGUCUUCGCGACUGGUGGGGACACGCAGUUGGGGACCAUUGCUACAAGCGUUACCGACACCGAGAGCCCCCGCUCGCCUCUUCAGCUCUCCAUGGAUGACCUUGGCUCGCAGCUCAGCAAGUUCUCUUUCGUGGUCAUCGGCCUUAUUUCCGUUGCCGGCUGGCUUCAGGGAAAAGGACUGCUUGACAUAUUCACCAUAUCCGUCUCACUCGCUGUUGCCGCAAUACCCGAAGGACUUCCGAUCAUUGUUACCGUGACGCUUGCUCUGGGUGUGCAUCGCAUGGCCCGUCACAAUGCUAUCGUCCGCAAGAUGCCCAAGGUCGAGACACUGGGAUCUGUGAACGUGGUUUGCUCAGACAAGACCGGUACGCUCACAAUGAAUCAUAUGACAAGCUCCAAGAUGUGGUACUUCGGUGCGAACGAUGUCGUCGAUGUCGACUCGGAUGAUGAAGUCACGGAUGCCACCCCUGACGCUGCGACUCUUCGCAUUCUACGUAUCGGCAAUAUAGCCAAUGAUGGGCGCCUAGCUAGGCGGAGUGGAACCCCUGGGCAUGACGGAAGCAGCAGUCCCCGGCUUCAAGAGGACGAGACUUUGUACAAAAGCCUCACGUUCGCCGGCCUGGUCGGCAUGAGCGAUCCACCAAGACCUGGCGUUGCUCGGUCAAUUAGGAGACUUAUGCGCGGUGGUGUCAAGGUGAUCAUGAUCACGGGCGAUGCAGAGACCACGGCGGUGGCGAUUGGCAAGCAGCUCGGAAUGGAAAUCGCUACUCCUCGGGAACAUGGCCCGGGCCAGGUCUCUGUCAAACCGGUCUUGACCGGCAAAGAUGUGGACAAUCUGUCCGAGGAAGACCUUGCGCAGGCGAUGCACCACACCACCAUCUUCGCACGUACGACUCCAGACCACAAACUGAAGAUCAUCAGGGCGCUCCAAUCACGCGGGGAUAUCGUUGCCAUGACCGGUGAUGGUGUCAACGACGCACCGGCGCUGAAGAAGGCGGAUAUCGGUAUUGCCAUGGGCAGAAACGGGACCGAUGUGGCAAAGGAGGCCGCGGACAUGAUCUUGACUGAUGACGAUUUCUCCACCAUCUUGAAUGCGAUCGAGGAGGGCAAGGGCAUCUUCAACAACAUCCAGAACUUCCUGACCUUCCAGCUGAGCACAAGCGCAGCUGGUCUUUCCUUGGUCCUGAUUUGCACGAUUCUGGGAUUCAAGUCCCCAUUGAACGCAAUGCAAAUCCUCUGGAUCAAUAUCAUCAUGGACGGCCCUCCAGCGCAGUCAUUAGGCGUCGAGCGCGUCGACCCGGACGUCAUGAAGCGGCCGCCGCGGAGGCGCGGCGCGCCGGUCCUCACUCGGGCGCUGAUCCAGCGGGUGGCGCAGGCAGCCUUUAUCGUGAUGCUCGGGACGAUGCUGGUGUACACGCACGAGAUGCUCGGGGACGGUGAGGUGACGCGGCGCGACACGACCAUGACGUUCACGUGCUUCGUGCUCUUCGACAUGUUCAACGCGCUCGCGUGCCGGUCCGAAUCCAAGUCGGUGCUGCGCGGCGAGGUCGGGCUCUUCUCCAACGCGCUGUUCAACUGGGCCGUGUCCAUGAGCCUCGUGGGCCAGCUGCUCGUCAUCUACUUCCCCUGGCUGCAGGAGGUGUUCCAGACAGAGGCCCUAGGCUUCUACGACCUCGUCGGCCUCGUCAUGCUCUGCAGCACUGUGUUCUGGGCGGACGAGGCGAGGAAGUGGUGGAAGUACGGAAAGAAACGGCUCGGAACUGGGUACAGCCAGGCUGUGUGA